AUGAAGAAAAAUGCCAGAUGGACUUGUCGGAGAAGCGAUGAUGGAGACACAGCUGUUGUGGUUGAAAAGGACCAUUUCAUGGACGAGUUCUUCCAUCAGGUUGAGGAGAUUAGAAACAGUAUAGCCAAGAUUGCUCAGUACGUCGAAGAAGUGAAGAAAAACCACAGCAUCAUUCUUUCUGCACCAAAUCCAGAAGGAAAAAUAAAAGAAGAGCUUGAAGACGUAAACAAGGAAGUCAAGAGAACGGCUCAUAAGGUCCGAGUCAAGUUAAAGGCCAUCGAACAGAGUUUUGAUCAGGAUGAGAGUGGUAACCGGACAUCUGUGGAUCUUCGCAUACGACGGACCCAGCAUUCGGUGCUCUCACGGAAGUUUGUGGACGUCAUGACAGAAUACAAUGAGGCACAGACUCUGUUUCGGGAGCGAAGCAAAGGGCGCAUACAGCGUCAGCUGGAGAUAACCGGCAGAGCCACCACCGAUGAUGAGCUCGAGGACAUGCUGGAGAGCGGGAACCCUUCCAUCUUCACCUCCGACAUUAUAUCAGAUUCACAGAUCACAAGACAAGCUCUCAAUGAAAUUGAGUCGCGUCACAAGGAUAUCAUGAAACUGGAGACCAGCAUACGGGAGCUGCAUGAGAUGUUUAUGGACAUGGCCAUGUUUGUCGAAACUCAGGGUGAAAUGAUCAACAACAUAGAAAAAAACGUUAUGAAUGCCACAGACUACGUAGAACAUGCUAAAGAAGAAACAAAAAAAGCUAUUAAAUACCAGAGCAAAGCAAGACGGAAAAAGUGGAUCAUUGUUGCUGUGUCAGUGGUUCUGGUGGCCAUAAUUGCUCUAAUUAUCGGUUUGUCAGUUGGCAAAUGA